GCGCAGAGCGACGCGCGGCUGCUGUGCGUAGGCGCUAGACUCAAGCUGAGUGACAGAGAGGACAAACGCGAUUUGUCAUUCGUGCGGAAUUUAACGUUUUUGUUGGCCUAUUAACGGAAAUGAUGGUGUCGAUGUGGAUAUUCCAUUAUUCCAGGAUGUCGGCACACGAGCUUUGAAUCGAAGACAUCAAACUAAUGAGUUAUGUUGAGAUUCUGAGAUAAUUCUUUCCACAAUUUUCAUGUAUCGGUCGUUCAGCAGUUGACGGAAAGAUGGUUCAGCAGUACAAAUCUCCGGUGAGGGUGUACAAACACCCGUUCGAGCUCGUUAUGGCGGCAUACCAGAAGCGGUUCCCCACUUGCAAGAUGAUACCAAUCUUCUUGGGCAGUGAGAUUCUGUCAGAGUACAAGAGCGAAGAUGGAGCCGUACACGUUGUAGAGAGACGCUGCAAACUCAACAUGGACGCCCCCUACCUGCUGAAAAAGAUCGUGGGCGUGGAUUUCAUCUACUUCAUCCAGAAAAACUCACUGAAUUGGCGUGACAGGACGCUGAAAAUAGAGGCUUACAAUGAGAGUUUCUCCUCGAGAAUCACGGUCAUUGAAGGCUGCACAUACUUUAUUCAUCCAGAGAACCCAGACUGGACGUGCUUUGAACAGACGGCUAGCCUGGAGGUCAAGUCCUUCUUUGGGUUUGAAAACACCGUGGAGAAGAUGGCAGUCAAGCAGUACGCCGCCAGUCUCAAGAAGGGCAAAGAGAUCUUGUUGUAUUACAUCAAUGAGCUCCUAGAGGAAGGAUACCAACCUACUCCGACAUGGGCGGAACUCCACAAGGAUGACCCCACCAAGACAACCUCUGAGUCCCCGUCGCCUGAGCCAGAGGAGACCGAGGACAACCGAGAAGCCAAGAAGAGGCUGACCCAGGAGGCAGCGCAGGGCAACAGUAUGAGCAGCAGGCAUGGCGAGGCGCAUCACCACGGCAGCCACCACCACCACCAUCACCACCACCGGCACCGCCCCCACGGCGGUGAGGGGACAGGGGAGACACCCUCCACCUCAAGGGGCAGGCAGAGCAGUUUCAAGGAGAACCCGCGGAGGAAGCGUCUGGCCUCCAGCGCCAUGGAGAAGGGUGCUGUUGGUGGAAUGGGGUCAGAGGAAGAGGUAUCCAAGGUUGACGAGGAUUACAUUAAGCAAUACUUAGGACCGCUUACUCUGGUGCAGGAGAGCAGACUGAUCGAACUCAGAGAAUGGCUGAAUGAAACGCACAAAGGAAAGAUGCCCAAGGACAUGCACCUGCUGCGCUUCCUACGAGCACGGGACUUCAACACAGAGAAGGCCCAUGAAAUGAUCACCGAGUCCCUGGCCUGGCGUAAACAACAUCAGGUGGAUAAGAUCCUGAGCACCUGGGAACCCCCGGAGAUCCUCACCAGAUUCUUUGCCGGGGGAUGGCAUCACUACGACAGCGAGGGCCGACCUCUGUACAUUGUUCGCCUGGGUCAGAUGGAUGUCAAAGGAUUAAUCAAAGCGGCUGGAGAAGAGGCUAUUCUAAGACAUGUCUUAUCCAUCAACGAGGAAGGGCUGAGAAGAACCGAGGAGGCCACCAAGAAGGCCGGCCACCCCAUCAGCUCCUGGACCUGCCUGGUGGACUGCGAGGGCCUGUCCAUGCGUCACUUGUGGCGCCCAGGUGUCAAGGCCCUGCUGCGCAUGAUCGAGGUGGUGGAGGCCAACUACCCAGAGACCAUGGGCAAGCUGCUGAUCGUCCGGGCGCCCCGGGUCUUCCCCGUCAUCUGGACCCUGGUCUCGCCCUUCAUCGACGAGAACACUCGACAGAAGUUCCUGAUCUACGGUGGCAAGAACUACAUGGAGAGCAUCGGGGGCUUGCCAGAGCACAUCGACUCAAACUUCAUCCCGGACUUCCUUGGUGGGGAGUGCUAUUGCGAUAUUCCAGAGGGGGGUCUUAUCCCUAAGACGUGUUACCGCUCCAUGGAAGAUCUCCAGAACCCAGACGAACUACCUCUCUGCUCCGAGACUAUUUACAAAUCAGCCACAGUACAGAAAGGCCUACCUCAAGAGGUGAUGAUUCACAUCACGGACGCCCACCAAGUACUGACCUGGGAUUUUGACAUUCUGCGCGGCGACGUCGUCUUCUCCGUCUUGAUGACCAGGCGACCUUUAACCCCUCACAAGGAGCCCAUGGGUCCGAUGGGGCCGGCCAACUCGGUGUACAUUGACAAGUCACAUGUGUGCGGUGUGGACUACAGGCAGGUGGAGCUGCCGCUGGUCUGCAAGGCUGGAGCCAGCAUCCAGGGUUCGCAUGUAUGCCAGAUGCCCGGCUGGUAUAUCUUACAGUUCAAGUUCUACAGCAGCUCCAGCCAGUCCAAGAUGGACCAGGCCAAGGUGCACCAUCACCACCACAAGUCCAAGAUCAUGUACUACUACGAAGUCUUGUCCCAUGAAGAUUUCAGGGGUUCGAUGAGCAGUCUGAAAUCAUGCCACAGUGGGUUCUCAGCUCUCAGUAUCAGCAGUACAGGGUCCAGCAAAGCUAGCGGUUCCAGCUCCCAGGUGUCACGAUGACAGUCACAUCGCCAUGAUUCUUAGCUCUCAGUGACGCUGACCAAUCCAGUCAGCAAAUUUUGAAAAGAAACAGAAAACUUAGAGGAUCUGGUAAAGGAUGGCGUCUGAAACAUGCACACACACAGACUCUCUCUCCAAGGUUGUGAUUUGGGAAUGAUGUCCCCUUUUUUGCAUGCAAGGUAGCUGCAUCUGCCAGCCUCACCCCUUCCCCUGGAUUUAGAAUGUCCGUCGAUUAGAUUUCACAUGCUGCACCACGUUUCCCCUGGAUUAGGAAUGCUGCAACAAUGAACUUUCAAUCACAAACCCCUGUAAUGUAGCAAACAGUUAUUGGUGGAUAGCAUCCUGUGUGAGCUGGUGGCUUUCCAGAGGAUUACAAAGACAAGACUAUCAAGAUACUUGGACAAGUGAUGACACCAUUCGAGUGGCUUGUUUGACAAUCAGCACAUCAUCCAGUGUUCUAAUCUGUGUUUCCACUGGACCAAGGUUGCUGUCAGCCACAAUCAUCCAUACAACUUCUCCAUUCCACUUCUGGUUUGAAAAACGGGGCAGUGCUGCUUAUAGCCAUGUCGAGUUGAUCAGGUUCUGCGGCUGUGACAUUUGUUUUAUCCUCCCCCCCCCCGCCAUUUACAAGCUGCUGUGACUAUCCAUAGCCAUAAUGAAAAAAAUACUUGAUGUGGCUUGGGCCUGCAGAUCAACAUGUCUUGUACCCAGCCUUCCUACUUUGCUGCCACAUAAACUUGUGCUGCUUAGCUGGGAGGUGCUGCCAGAAGAAACAGUAGCACGGAGUGUUGUUUUGUUGGUUCCUUUCCACACCCGAUUUUGUCGCAAUAUCUAUAUAUACACCUUUGUGCAGUGUACAUACCCAUAUUGGUUAGUUCUCAGGGGCUUACUUUGUAUCGCAAAUACUUACAAAGAAAGUAAUCAUGAACCGUGUGAUCCUUGUUCGUUCUCCGUCAUGUGCGUCCUGUCUUGUUUUGUUGUGGUUUGUUUUGUUUUGAGGGCACUGCUGUGCUUAUUUUUGAUAUUUUUACCUGCCUCUAAUGAAUUGCAGUCAGCAGUUUUAUAUUUGAGGUUGUGUUGUGUACAAUAAUCUAUUAUUCAUCAUGCCGUACACAUAAGACACCUCACUGGAGAUUUCGGUUCUCGGUCCUGUCACUUUCAUAUUUGGCUUUUGCUCCUUGCCAACUUGUGAAUUUGACACUGGCGACUUCUGGACUUAGGGAUGAUAAUGUAUGUACGUCUAGCAAGCAUUGGAAACAAUGACAGUGACAACAGUGACAAUUAAGAUCAAGAAAUUGAUUCCUAAUCAGUUGUAGGUUGACCGAGACCUCACGAGUCUGUGCUAUCUGUGAUUGUUGACAGUUUCAAUUCUUGACCAGCUAAUGAUUGCCCAUCCAUGAAGAUAUUUAGGGUUACUCAAAGAUGGUUUGAGCAAUCAUUUGCUGACCAGGUAGCCUAACUCUGUGCUGUACAUUUCAUGUUUUUCAUUUGUAUGAAAGGAUGUGUUUUUUCAUCGUUAGUCAAAUUUUCUGUGCGGACACAUUCUUUGGAAUGCCUGUCAGAGAAAUAUACAGCAAAUGAAAUCAUAUUUGAUGCCUUCUAAAUGUGGUUUGUUGUGUAAAUCUGUGUUAGUUGUUAGUCAACAAAAAUAUUUUGUCGAGAAAUUGUGGCACCUGAUCGCCUUGCAUGCAGAGUGGACAGUCUGAAUCAUUUUACCAAUCACAGUCAUGCAGAUUUCGUGCAUAUAUGAUUUUGCAAAGAGCUAAGUUUCAUGGCGGGUGACGGCAGGCAAACGAGGGAAGCUGCCGUCACCGUGAUUCCGUUUCAGUCCAAGGAAACACUGGAGGGCAUUUGAUACAAAUACUUACCUGGGAAGCAAUGGGAGAGGGUCUGCUGUUCCAUUGAUGGCCCCAGGCCUGCCGGGAAGUUUAUGAAUGCGUAUAACUCACUUGGCCAUAAUUUCAGUGGAUAUCAGUCUUGCCUUGUUGCUGGUUCAUACUUCAGGUAAACAAAAGCGAAGUGAAUUAGACAUCAAACAACAUUUGCAGUGCAAUUCUUGAGUUGAAAUGUGUCAAACUUUUGGGAAUUUGCAGCACAAAUUUUAAUCUGAUGUCACAAUGUCACUUUCGUGUUUGCUUCAUAUAUGAACUGGCCUUCAAUCAAGCUUUGCCAUUGUUUCACUGUUUUCGAGUUCCAGGAUUGGAUUUUUGGUCAAGUUACUUGUUCUGAAUGCCCUCCAGUGUUCAUCAGAUUUAAUCUCUCGAAAUUGUACAUGAUUCCAACUUAUUUGCUCUCUCUUUUUCUUGGUGUUUUUUGGUUUCACUUGUUAAAGGUAUUAAGCCCAUCUGUCUUCCAUCAAUGUGUUGAGAAUAGUAAUUGUGGGAUUAAGGCAGUAUAUUGAAGUACAUCACUGGAAUUAAUAUAUAAUGAUGUGCUGAUCAUACGUACGGAUGAGUUUAUUGUUUUGUAUUUUGUUCAAGAUGACAUUUUGCACACAGUUUUUUUAUUCCCACCGUGAGUGUUCUGUGGCCAGAGAUUAUUUACGGAGUUGUGAAAGAUUGGAGUUAGUCUGACUGAUACAGUACUGUUUUCUUACAUAAUUUACUGUAAACUGUGUCAUCUGGAAUAAUUUUAUCUGAUUGUGGUUGACUGUGCUCAACAAAAUUAGCCUCCAGGUCAUCCCUUGCCAAAGGUUGUGGCUGGGUCAUUGACAAACUCAUUUUUGGGGGGCCACAAGGUAACGCGCUUCAGUUACAAUGUCAUAAUAGGCACAAUGUUCACUUUUUACCACUGGCCAUUGAGCACUGAGGUUUUGACGCUGUAAGUUGACAGGUGGAUAUUUAACAGCUCUUUUCAUUGGGUUGCACCGGUCAUUGUGUGUCUCCUGUCAACUUGUCUGGUCAGUUUGGGCAGUUUUUUCUUUUAAUUUUUGUGGAGAUUGUCCCUCAACCUGUGACUAGUGCGCCAUUGAACUGCUUCAGUCUGUGCAGAAGUACACUAGAUAAAUUUUCAGUAGCUUUCUUGGUACACCUUUUGGACUAUUUGUGAUGUACAUGCAUAUCAUAGGUGUGUGACUCUUAUAGAAAGUGUUUGAUAUUUGUGUAAUACAUUGUAAGUUUUUCGUUCAACUUAAAGCAUUAAGACACCAUGUACACAUUAGGCUGGUCUGUGCACACUAGUUACACAUGUACAUGUACAAUGCGCAUGUUCUGCUGACCAGCUCAAGUUUGAUUAAAGGUGGUUGUAGUUCAUAUACACACUCGAUUUAGUCAGUUCAUAAGCUUUUUGUUUGUGGUAGUGGGCAGGCAUGAACAUUUUUUAAGCCUGUUGCUGGUGGAUGUUGUUAGAAUAGUGCCAAAUUGACCUACCGUUUAUAUACAGGUACCACUAAAUGUUUGUUCAAUUUUGUAAACACCGGCGUAACAAACUAUGGAAAAUAAGCUGAAACAAGAAAGCCAUAUAUGCAAAUAAUUUGUCUCAUUUGCAUAUUGCAAAGCAGAUAGUGUCAACCAUUUCUUGUAGUUGUACAAAGUUGCACUUCUUGUAAACGAGGGUGUAAUCUAACUUAUUUAGGGCACUUGAAACCUAAUGAAAUUGGGUUGUGGCGGGAAAUACCCGUGUUGUUUAAAAUUGUUGUCAGAAAUGCAGCAGCAGGGUUUGAUUUCGCUGAAGGCACUUCUUUUUCUCUCAGACUAACUUGCAACUAAUGAACAGUUCUACAAACAUGCAUUGUUGUGUUUAAUAUAUGUAAAGAAAUUGGAUGAUUUAGAUGUCUCGUAAAUAGGAACUAUUAUUUUUUUUCUGUGAAUUUAGGAAGAUAAAAUCAAGGAGUUUAUGGAAAUGAAUUAGUGUUAAAGGGCUGCAGUCUAUUUAGGUUUUGGUAUCAUUGUAAGAAAACUCAUUUAAAAAGCAAAUUUAAUAUAUAACUACACCUAGCAAGCUCCCUAUGAAGUUAUGCAUUGAUACAUGUAUUUUUUUCUGUUGUUUUCAGUAGUAACAUUUCAAAACUUGCAUAAAGACAUUUACAUAUAUGUAAAAGGUCACAUAUUUUAUUACAAAAGUGUUUCAUUUUGGCUCAGAACUAGUUUACGAAAUUUCAGAAUGUAGGAGUUUUUUUUUUUUAUUCCAGUCACGUUUUGUUUGUUUUUGCAUAAUGUCCCUGAAAAGCAAGAAACACAGGUGUUUCUGAUUAGUGUCUUAGAAGUUGGAUGCAUUACAUGGUGUAAUUAAGUGGCAUCAAUAGCAUAUUGUGGAGGGAAUGACUAGAGGUAAAGGCACAUCUUCAAGAAGUGAGGGUGCACUGCACUGUCUGGGCCAUUCGAUCAGUGUUUGCCCGGUUCCCCAGGGGUAUGUUUGCGUGUGUUUGUCACCAUGCAAAAUGAACCAGUCAUCAACAAAUGGGUGUAGAUCGAACUUGGCUCUAGAUUCCUUUUCGGGGGUCCCACAUCCCCAGUGCCGUUGGGUUUAAUUUGAAAGAUUUGAAGUAUGCUUGUUACUACAGGGAGAUUGGCCUCGUGCGGAUGGGACUCUGCAGCAGGUCUCAUUUCUACAUUUUAAUCACCCUCAUACAACAGAAAUAGUUUGUGAGACUAUGAUGCUGGUUGUCAUAGCAACAGCCUUCAAUUAAAAAAUGAAUUUUAAGCACUGGGGGGAUGGUUGUCCUGUAAAACAUAUCUUGGUUUCUUGAAAGACCCUUCCGUGGUUUAUCAAUUUUGUCACUCGGCCUUAAUUAUCAGCAUGGUUCCAUGUAAUGUCUGUGACCUUUGACAUCAGAAACAAGCAGAAACAUUCAUUUACUUCUGUAUGUCAAGUCAUGUCAAAUCGUAUCAAAAUGAGGUACGAGUUCUACUGGAAAAUAAAUAUAUAUACAGUAUAUAUACGCACAGGCUGCGGGCAGCCUGCCUUGGUUAAAAACUUGUAUUCAUAGACAGAAAAAGUAUGCUAAUAAGAUGUUGACUCAUUAUCAUUCGUGGAGGUCGGCCAAUAGCAGUACAGAGUUCAGUGCUCUCCUUAAUCAUGGGAGUUUCUGAAAGGUAGUAUACAGAUCAGGAUGUUCGGUGGUGUUUAGAUGAAGUUGAAAUGUCAGAUUAAGAGAGAGAAAUUAGUACUGAUGAUACCAUUCACUUGUCCAACUUACAUGAAGGCCGUGUCCGAAAAGGGCUUCCAGAGCUACGGCUAGGUCUAUUGUCUACGCGUCUCCAUGCUUUUCAAAUGGAGCGAAGACCUAGACCUAGCUCUCGACAAGAGAUUCGGAUACAGCCUAACAUUUAAGUGUCAUGUAAAUUCACUCAUGUUAGGAGCUGUUUCAUUAGUCAAAACAGAGGUUCGUCUCACAGGUAAAAUGAUCAUCUGAAAAUGAGAAAUGUCAAUUUUUUCCUUUUAUCAAGAAAAGCUUGUUUAUUGAUAGCUCAACGAGUAGAUUUCUUGUCUGGAAAUCAAAAUAUCAAUAAAACUGCCAUGGGAACCUUUCAUAAUCGGUUGUACAUGUAUCUGAAUAACACACAAUUGUCAUAGAAUACCUGUAUUGCAAAACUUACAUACAACAUGCAACCGGAUAGACCUUUUAAAGUGAUGGUGUAUUUAUUAAAAAAAAAAAAAAAAGACAAAAAGAAAUAGAUAAAGUUUACAAUUUUUUUCAUGGUACAGAUCACUUGUAAUUGGUCACUGAUUGUCAACAGUGACAGAUAUCCAGGACUUGGAAUGGGGUGUAUCUUGUCACUAAAUGCACACUUUAUGGGUAUACAUUCAGAAAGCUCAUGAUAUUUAGAGUUUCCAGUAUAAUAUUUAGUGUAUUUGACUUAGUGAGAGAGCUGGGUAACGUGUUUUGCCAAAAAAGUCUUUUUUUGGCUUUUCUUGGAUGAUACAACUUUAAUGAGGCCAAGAAACUUUCUGUGUUUCGUCAUCAGAAAAUUUAGGUUGCAGGUAGUUUGGUGUAUACCUCAAUUCAAACUAAAAAUUGAAAAAGGGACACGUGUUUAAAUCUGUUCAUUUGGAAUUAUGCCAAGUAUAAUUCUUUGAAUAUAGAGGCUGUUUCAUUGAUCUCCCUAUUUUGUAUGUAUUAGCAUAAGCAAAAAGUCUUGACAGUUUUGGGGGAUACGUAUUUAGGAACGGUUUCCAUUCACAUAGUGUGUGUUUUACUUCAGAAUCUGUGGAUGCAGAUAUCUGCAUUGGGUUUUAAACCAGACCUUUGAAAUAGUCGCAAGAAACUUCUUGAAAUCAAGUUUGCUUUGUGUACAGUACAGAAUUUUUUGGUCUUAAAUGUGAUCUAGGUACGGUAUCAUUGUGGUGAAUCAUGGUGGCACGGGAUGUCCAGUAAUUGAAAGUAGAUACUUUUUUGAUAGAUCUAUGCAAUGUAAUAAAAGUCAGAAGGAAAAGUUAA